CAAGCACACUCACGACGGCAGAACGCGUGGUGUCACACUUUACGGAGGCGCGAGGCCGCGGGCGGACGCUGCGUCGGAGUCAGCCACAGGUUAGGGGCUCCACACUCCAAGUUGUGGACUGGCUCUUCGUCCGUUGGCGCCCAAACAGCUCGGCCAUCAUGGCAGGAGUGGCAGCGCUGUGGCGGAAGACUAGAGAUUAUGUGAAGACCCCGGAGUUCCGGGAAUAUCUAACCAGCACGCACUUCUGGGGUCCUGUGGCCAACUGGGGCCUUCCUAUGGCCGCCUUUAAUGACAUGAAGAGGCCGCCGGACAUCAUCAGCGGCCGCAUGACAACAGCGCUCAUCUUGUACUCCAUGGCCUUCAUGCGCUUCGCCUACCGCGUACAGCCUCGAAACCUCCUGCUGAUGGCUUGCCAUGCCUCCAACGUUGUGGCGCAGAGCAUUCAGGCGAGCCGCUAUGUACGCUACCACUACGGCGGCGGCAUCGGGGGCAGUGGCAGCGGCAGCAGCAGCGCCAGCGGCAGCGGCAGCGGCAGCGGCGGCAACGGCAACGGCAGCGGCAGCAACGGUGGCAACGGUGGCAAUGGCGGCAAUGGCGGCAACACCGCCGCCGAAGUCUACGAUCCUCCAGCUACCACCUGCGGCUGCCCCACUGGGCACUGCCCCACACGAGUUUGUUAAUGGCUGAGAGGGCCUGACCGAAUCUUUGCAGCUUGCAAGCACUGAACUAUCACUCCUGAAGAAAAUCCAACAAAGACUUUGGUUUUGACACUGAAACAGUGCGAAUCUGAUUUAAACCUGCAGUUUGCUUAAUAAAAUGAGUGUUGAACUAA